GACAUCCACGCUCACACCGCACUUUCCUCCGUGAAGCUACCUGGAGGGGAAAUAUACAGCGGAACAAGUGAUCGGACUGGAUAUAAGCUACUAUUACAAAAAGAUGGAUUUCACGCUGGUUUUUCGUUGAUUCUCUACUUCUGUAAUUGCACUUUCAGCUCUUGUCUCCAGAGCUGUGUGCGCGUCCCAUAUUUGAUCAUUUUAAUUUAAUUUAUUUAUUUAUUUUUUUCCUUUGGAUGGGGAGGGCGGUGUCGAGUAUACUGAUCCCAAUUUGGAUGUUUAUUGCUGACAGAUUUUUGUAAUCCCUCGUCCACGUCCAUGACUGAGCCAGGGUGCAGCCGGAGACGUGGCUCCCCACUCGGGAAAACCUACGGCUAAAGUUUGAAGGGUGCUUCGGUGCGUCCAGUCUCCCCCCACCACAACACUGGAUUUGCAAUCACCCAUAAAUUGCAUUAAAUAUCUCCGCACUCGGGUGGGACUCAUUUGGUUUGGAUUUAUAGCGCUUCUGGAUUUCACCCCCAUCUAAAUCAUGAGGACCGUCAUUAUUGAUGGGGGGCGACUCCUUUUCCUGGUGAUGUGUCUGAACCUUGUGCCUCAAACUGACAGCUGCCCUGCCAAGUGUGUGUGCUACAGUGAGCCCAGACCCACUGUGGCUUGCCAACAACAAGGACUGUUUUCCAUCCCCACUGAGAUCCCUGUACGGAGCCAACGGAUAUUCCUCCAGAGCAACAAGUUGACGGUAGUGAGGUCUACCAGCUUCAGUUCUUGCCAUAAUCUUACUGUCCUCUGGCUCUACUCUAACAACAUCAGUUACAUUGAAGCUGGAGCUUUUUAUGGCCUUGAAAAACUAGAGGAACUGGACAUUGGAGACAACAGCAACCUCCGCACCAUCAGCCCAACAGCCUUUCGGGGCUUAACAAAGUUGCACACUCUCCAUCUGCACAGGUGUGGCCUGUCAGAGCUCCCUGUUGGCGUUUUCCGAGGAAUGUUCUCCCUGCAGUACCUUUACCUACAGGACAAUAAUAUUCUAACGCUGCAUGAUGACACCUUUCUGGACCUUGCCAACCUCACCUAUCUCUACUUGCACAAUAACAAGAUCAAGAUAGUAACGGACAACAUGUUUCGAGGCUUAAUCAAUCUGGACAGACUGCUGCUACACCAGAAUCGAGUUAUCUUUGUCCAACCCAGGGCUUUUAGUGAUCUCGGCAAGCUGAAAUCCUUGUUCUUGUUCUUCAACAAUCUUACGGUCUUGACAGGGGAGACCAUGGACCCGCUGGUUUCCCUUCAGUAUUUGCGUUUAAAUGGGAACCAGUGGAUCUGUGACUGCAGAGCGAGGACCUUGUGGGAGUGGUUCAAACGUUUCAAAGGUUCCAGCUCCGAGUUGGAGUGCAAUGUCCCUGAGUUCCUGGUUGGAAAGGACUUGAAACGACUGAAAAGCGAAGACCUGGAGGGGUGUGUGGAAACCCCACAAAUUCAGACCAAUCUCUUCAGCUCCAAGGCACAGUCAGGAAAAUUCCCUUCCACUGAAAGCCCACUGGGGGAUGGCAUUCCCAGAUGCUGUCUUGGAGAUAAUGAUAAGUCCUCUAUCCUGUCCGGCAAGAGUCGACAAAUCACCAACAACCCCCUUAAGGAGAAGGAGAACAUGUCCAAGACAAAAUACAAGCAGCAGGAGAGAACAAAAAAUGAGACCCAGAACAAGCAGAAUGAUGGACCUCUGGGAACCUUGUCCAACAACCUGGACAAGACUUUGGAAAACCUAAAUCCUGAGUUUAUAGAUAAUCCAGAAUCAUCAACAGCAUCAAACAAAAAGAAAAAGAAGUGCUCCAAAAAGCCCAAAUCAGACACCCACUGCAUCAAAGGCCGAGGCUCUACUUUGCAAGUGCUACACUUUCUCAUCAUUCCCAUGACCUGGAUAUCUCUAGCCAUUUCUUAGGACUCCUGAUGACACUCUGCACACAGGACUCAAGAAUGUUGAUGCUAAUGACAAUGAUACAGAAGAUGCAGUGACAUCUACAACAGGCAGAGACUGAGAAGAGAGAAGUCAUGUUGACAUGCCAAUGCUGGAGACAAACAAUAUUGACAAAGUAAGAGUACAAUAAACAAAAUGGAUGCCUUUACAGAACACUACAGAUCUAAUGUAAAUAAUGAAUUGGUGCCCAAAAUUGUUUGUUCUCUAUGUACUCAACUGUACUGUGUCUAAGCUACACUUUGGAGACUCCUCCCUGUUCCCUUUCAAAAGCUUUUACUGCUUAGACAGACCACCGAAGGACAGAAAAAAGAGAAAAACAAAAAAACAAAUACAGGAAAUCAGAGACUGAAUACACACAAAGAAUGUUUGGUCUGUUUAAUGAAGGAAAAAAAAAAAACAAAAAAAAAAACAAUCCUACCCUCUCAUUAUUUAUUCAAUCAUGCAUUUGUUGGGUAAUGUUUUAUUUUUUUUGUUUUGUUUUGUUGGUUUUGCUUUGGAUUUUUUUUAUAUUUUUAAAAACAAAUGUUUUACCUCCCUGGACUUUAGUUCUAUUUUCUUGAGAGAAAGGAUAUAUGGGGAGCAUUACUAAAAGAAUGCUGUCCGUUUGUUCAUGGAGAUUGCAAUUGAACCAUAGAUAUGCAUUUUAUUUUACUUGUGUACAAGUAUGAAUAUAUUAUGAAUAAAAGUUCUUAUUUCGUA